AUGUUGCAAAACACCUUCUUCACGAGCUUGUUCUUCCAGCUCUGCUUCGCGCUGCUCGCGGCUGCUGCCCCGGUCGACUCCAACCUCUCGGCCACUGCCCAGAACAGCUGGCAGUAUGGAACCGGUGGUGGUAUCAUCGGUUUCAUCGUUCUCGUCCUGGAUAUCAUUGUCUUCAUCGAGGUUCUCAAGUCCGACCGCCCGGUGAGCCACAAGGUCCUCUGGUGUCUCGUCGUCUUCCUCUUCCCCAUCAUCGGCAUGAUCGUCUACUGGCUGUUCUCGAACCGCGCCGCCCAUAACUCUCGCUCCGGAUACGAGCCGGUGGCAUAA